GUGCAGGAUUGGGUAUUAAAUAGUUUUGCGUGUUGCGGGCGGAAAGACAUCCGUGCAAUAAUGGCAAACUUUAACAAGGGACCAGCCUACGGCCUCUCAGCUGAGGUGAAAAACAAGAUUGCACAGAAAUAUGACCCUCAAGUGGAAGAGGAACUGCGUCUUUGGAUAGAAGAAGUGACUGGCAUGAUAAUUGGCGAAAACUUUCAGCAAGGUUUGCGGGAUGGUAUUAUUCUCUGCAAUCUCAUAAAUAAACUGCAGCCUGGGUCAAUCAAGAAAAUUAAUGAAGCAAAAUUAAACUGGCAUAAGUUGGAGAACAUUGGGAACUUCAUUAAGGCAAUGCAAGACUAUGGUAUGAAGCCACAUGAUAUUUUUGAAGCCAAUGACCUGUUUGAGAAUGGAAACAUGACCCAAGUUCAAACCUCUUUGGUGUCUUUGGCUGGCUUGGCAAAGACAAGAGGAUUUCAUACAUCAGUGGACAUUGGGGUCAAAUAUGCUGAAAAACAGAAAAGACAGUUUGGUGAUGAAAAGAUGAAAGCUGGCCAAAGUGUAAUAGGCUUACAGAUGGGAACAAACAAAUGUGCAAGUCAAGCUGGUAUGACAGCCUAUGGAACCAGAAGGCAUCUUUAUGACCCUAAAAUGCAAACGGAUAAACCAUUUGACCAGACUACAAUAAGCCUACAGAUGGGAACAAACAAAGGAGCUAGCCAGGCUGGCAUGCCUGCCCCAGGAACAAGAAGAGAUAUUUACGAUCAGAAAGCAAUAUUACAGCCAGUGGAUAACUCUACUAUUUCACUGCAAAUGGGAACCAAUAAAGUUGCCUCUCAAAAAGGAAUGAGUGUGUAUGGCCUUGGGCGGCAAGUAUACGAUCCAAAGUACUGCGCUGCCCCCACAGAACCAAUCAUUCAUAAUGGAAGUCAAGGAACUGGAACAAAUGGAUCUGAAAUCAGUGAUAGUGAUUACCAGGCUGAGUAUCCUGAUGAAUAUCAGGGAGAAUACCCUGAUGACUAUCCUAGGGAUUACCAUGGCCAGUACAGUGACCAGGGAAUAGAUUAUUAGAUGUAUACAAUGUAUUCGGUAUUAGUUACUUAUUUUAUUCAAUUAAAGCCAAGCUAGCCUUGUGUAAUUUACUUGUCUUCCUUAAACACUACUAUGCUUUAAUAAUGAAACAAUUUGCCUUAUGUACAUUCCUUUUCCACCUUUUAUCUCUAGUUGCCUUUUAGUGCUAAGAUGGAUCUUAAUCUACAGCAUUACCAAUAAUUUCAUAUGAAGUAACAAAGGAAUACUGUGAAUAAUGAAAGGAGCGUUUGUACAGUCAGUCUUCUUUUGCAGGACUAUGCAUCUGUGCUAUACAUAUCAUGCAGUGCAUAAUAGGACCAGAGCAGAUUCAUUCCUCCCCCCCCCCACCCCCACUCCUUGUUUUUAUAAUGUAUGUCAGUAGUAACUGAUAAUUAUGGUAUAGCAAUAUAACUUGUAGCUGUGUAUGGCUUUGAUUACAUCUUAGAUAUUUUACAUAUUCCUUUCUGAUAGAGAUCUGUCUACAAAAUCACUUGCAGCAAAGCAGGACUAAAAGCACAUUUCUAGGAAAUGGUUUGUUUGUUGGUAUGGGACAUCCUUUAACCCACCUUUGGCAAUACUGGGACAAAAACUUCCAGCUUCUCUUGCAGAAUUAACCUUUUCCCCCGCAGAACUGCAAAUUGUUUUAGCCCCCAAAACAUUUCCCAGUACAGUGGUGGUGGUUUUUUUUUUUUCUUCAUUCUUUUGGAGACCUAAUAGAUAGAUUGAAAUAGAGGAGAGGUGCCAAACUGAUGCCAAGUAUUCAGUGAUCUGUUUUUGGAAACAGCCACCAUAUGCUUUAAUUAAAGCAGAUACAGGGGUCAUUCAGUUUCUGUCUGUCUGGCUGCAGAAGUCAUUGAGGGUUCAAUUGUAACUUCUUUUAUCAUGAGGAGAAUGAGGCCAUAAUUUCUAUCGCCUCUAAAACAAAAGUCUUAGCCCAUUUAUGUCUAAACUAGUACUGACUCCAGCGAGAGUGACUAUAUAAGCAUGGCUCUAAUGCUACUGUCACCAGUACCUCUUCAGUCUUAAUAUACUUUUUCUGACUUUUCUACCAUAGUGAUCAUUUUAAUAUUAUGGAAUGGAUAAUAUUGGGCAGAUGGUAGAUCUGUUUCUUCUCUUCCCGUGCUGCUUCUGUAAAGGGAUUAUGAAAUAGGCUGAACACUAAUCUGCUCCUAAUGCUAAUAUUAAGUUAAAGGGAGCCUGUAUAAAGUUUUGGGACCACGUGGAUGUCUUAAUUUGUGCUAUCAGCGGGAUUGAAACAUUACGUUGCAGACAGCUUCGACAGGAUUCUUAAAAAUGGAUAUCCCAUUUACAUUUUUAUUGUCCUGUGCCAUAUUGUACCCACGUAGAUGUGCUUACGUUCUUUUUAUGUGUAUUUAUUGCCACAUUCUCAGCAUAAACUGAUCCCAGUGUAUUUUUUUAUAAAUAAAUUUUGAUAUUUUGUUUUCUUGACCGCU